CGGCGAAAUCUUUACACUGCGAUCCGGAAGAAUCAGUUCAACGUGUAGAAGAAAGAGAUAAGUGGUCGACAAUUCCGAGAGAGACGAGGGGAAAAGGGCGAGCAAACCCAACGCUAACCCUUGUAGGUGUUCUUCAUCUGCGCUGCGUUGAGCUCUCUCGAUUGAUUCCUCAUAACAAGCAAGCCGAUCUUCGUCGCGUGGUUUUCGUAUUCGAUAUCUUGAAAGUGUAAAAAUUCGAAAAAAUGGGAAACACUUCCUCGAUGCUGACUCAAUACGACAUAGAAGAAGUUCAGAGCCAUUGCCAGGAUCUAUUUGAGCAGCAGGAAAUUCUAUCUCUGUAUCAAAGGUUUUGCCAGUUAGAUCGGAAUGCAAAGGGGUUUAUAUCUUCUGAUGAGUUUCUCUCUGUGCCUGAGUUCGCCAUGAAUCCACUAUCUCAGAGGCUGCUUAAGAUGGUUGAUGGUUUGAACUUUAAGGACUUUGUGGCUUUCUUGUCUGCAUUUAGUGCCAAGGCAAGUCUAAGACAAAAGGUUACACUGAUUUUUAAAGUCUAUGAUUCCGACUGCAAUGGGAAAGUCUCCUUUAAUGAUAUCAUGGAAGUGUUGCGGGACUUAUCGGGGUCAUUCAUGUCUGAUGAUCAAAGAGAGCAAGUACUGAGCCAGGUUUUGACUGAAGCAGGCUACACGAGUGACUCUUUCUUAACCCUGGAGGAUUUCAUAAAGGUCUUUGGGAAUUGUAAACCGGAGAUGGACGUUGAAAUUCCUGUGGAUUAGGUUUAGAUCAUACGAGCAAACUCUAAACUCAAAUAUCUCAUCAUGUGUUUGUCCACUUUGUUAGUAGAAUAAUCCUUGUUAAUCUGAUCACACCAUUGCAGGUUUUGUCUAUUCCAAAACUGGAUUUAACUAUUUAAGAUUAAGUUUCAUUCUCAAAGCAUUAUCAA